AAAUUGCACAAAAAUGGCAGUUGAAACUGCAAAUCCAUCGGUAAAGACCAAAUUCCUAACAUGGGAAAAGCAGGAACAUCUUGUUAAAAUGGCUAUUUUAAUAAUAGCAGCCGUUUUGUCAUUUGCCACGCGGUUGUUCUCUGUGCUGCGCUUUGAAAGUGUCAUUCACGAAUUUGAUCCAUAUUUCAAUUAUCGUACCACACGAUUCUUGGCCGAAAAUGGCUUCUAUAAAUUCCACAAUUGGUUCGAUGAUCGUGCCUGGUAUCCGUUGGGGCGAAUUAUUGGCGGUACCAUAUAUCCGGGGUUGAUGGUAACAUCGGCUGCACUAUACCGGAUAUUAUGGCUAUUAAACUUCACCGUGGACAUACGCAAUGUUUGUGUAUUUUUGGCGCCAUUUUUCUCAUCACUCACCACGUUGGUCACCUAUGCCCUGACCAAGGAAAUACAUAGUACUGGUGCUGGUUUGGUUGCUGGAGCCCUGAUCUCCAUUGUACCUGGUUAUAUAUCACGUUCAGUGGCUGGCUCAUAUGACAAUGAGGGCAUUGCUAUAUUCUGUAUGCUCUUAACCUAUUAUCUAUGGAUAAAGGCGGUUAAAAGUGGUGCCAUUUUUUGGUCUGCCAUGUCAGCAUUGGCAUAUUUCUAUAUGGUUUCCUCCUGGGGAGGUUAUGUAUUCCUUAUUAAUUUAAUACCCCUACACGUGUUGGCCUUAAUGUGUACCGGACGUUUUUCACAUCGUGUGUACAUUGCCUAUAGUACAUUGUAUUGUUUGGGUACGAUUUUAUCAAUGCAAAUAUCAUUUGUGGGUUUCCAACCCAUUCAAAGUUCCGAACAUAUGUUGGCCUUGGGUGUGUUUGGUCUAUGUCAAAUCCAUGCCUUUGUCGACUAUCUACGUUCUCGCAUGCCUGCCGAUCAUUUUGAGACACUUUUUAAGGCUUUGGUUUCUACGAUCUUGACAGUGGCAUUUGUUGUUGGUAUCCUAUUGACAGUUACCGGCAAGGUGUCGCCAUGGACUGGUCGUUUCUAUUCUCUAUUGGAUCCCUCCUAUGCCAAAAAUCACAUUCCCAUUAUUGCCUCGGUUUCGGAACAUCAACCCACCUCAUGGUCUUCAUUCUAUUUUGAUCUACAGAUUCUGGUAUUCCUCUUCCCUGCUGGGUUAUACUUUUGCUUUGUCAAACUAACCGAUGCCAAUAUCUUCAUUAUACUCUACGGUGUCACUAGUAUUUAUUUUGCUGGUGUUAUGGUACGUUUAAUGUUGGUCUUGGCCCCGGUUAUGUGUGUCCUCUCCGGCAUUGCUGUAUCACAUUUAUUGGCAAAAUAUAUACAAUCGAUAGAGGUGGCAUCGGCCGCAGAGAAGAAGCCAGUUGAAAGUAAACGUCAAUAUAAAAAGAUGGAACAACAAAGUGGUGGCAUUAAAAAGGAAGUGGCCAUCACGUUUGUGGGCAUUGUAACAAUGAUGUUAAUUGUCUACACAUUCCAUUGUACAUGGGUGACUUCGGAAGCCUAUUCUUCGCCCAGCAUUGUUUUGAGUGCCCGUUCACAUGAUGGCGGUCGUAUAAUUUUUGAUGAUUUUCGUGAGGCCUACUAUUGGCUGCAAAUGAAUACACCUGAGGAUGCCCGCAUAAUGUCCUGGUGGGAUUAUGGUUAUCAAAUAACAGCCAUGGCAAAUCGUACCAUACUCGUGGAUAACAAUACCUGGAAUAAUACACACAUAUCACGUGUUGGCCAAGCCAUGGCCUCUUCGGAGGAGAAAGCCUAUGAAAUAAUGCGUGAACUUGACGUUGAUUAUGUCUUGGUGAUAUUCGGCGGCCUUACGGGCUAUUCUUCCGAUGACAUUAACAAGUUCCUAUGGAUGGUGCGUAUUGGUGGCAGUACAGAUCGUGGUGCUCAUAUUAAAGAGAAGGAUUACUACGCUGCCAAUGGUGAAUUCCGUGUCGAUAAAGAAGGUUCGCCAACCCUACUCAACUGUUUGAUGUACAAAAUGUGCUACUAUCGUUUUGGACAAGUAUAUACCGAGGGCGGCAAACCACCAGGUUAUGAUCGUGUUCGGGCUGCAGAAAUUGGCAAUAAAGAUUUUGAAUUGGAUGUGUUGGAAGAGGCAUAUACAACGGAACAUUGGUUGGUGCGAAUCUACAAAGUUAAGGAUUUAAGUAAUCGUGGUGUUUAA